AUGUCAGCUUGCUUAUUUUGCUCAAGAUAAGGAUUUAUUAAGUCCACAUGUCAUAAAAACAAGAAACUAUGCUUCUAACCACAGCUCGAGAGCUGUCGUUUCAACCAUACAAGUUUGCGCUGCAGUUUGUGAAUGUUUAUUUGAACUGUGGUUUUGGGAGACACCAAAUCGUUGAAAUAUGUAAGUAAUGACAGAAUUUGCAAUGUUAGUUGGCUAACGAUGCUUUUGGGAAACACACCCCUGUGUGUGUCCUGUGAGUGUCAGUAUCUCUCAGUGAUCACAGUUCACACCUGCAGUGAAGCUCCUCCCACAACAAUUCACCAACAAAUACUGGGAAUAUUCACAUCAUCCUACAAGAGAGGACAAACUCCAGGUGUAGCAGCUGAAAACUGUGUGACUGUUAAAGAUGGAGUUUAUUAAAGAGGAGAUUGAAGACAUGAGUGAUCCAGAACCAUCCAGAAUAAAACAUGAAGAUACUGAGGAACAAAUAGAUCAGAUGGAAAUGAAAGAGCAAAGUAAAGAACUGGAGGAAAUUAAGGAGGAACAUCAUAACUUAAGAAUUCAAGAAACAAAAGCCAAAAAGUUGCACACCUGCACUCAGUGUGGAAAGAGUUUCACACUAAAAGGAAACCUUAAAACACACAUGAGAAUUCACACUGGAGAAAAACCGUUUGCAUGCACUCAGUGUGGAAAGAUUUUUUCUCGAGCAUCAAGUCUUAAGAAACAUCUGCGUGCUCACUCUGGAGAAAAAAUAUUUAACUGUGAUCAGUGUGGUAAAGAUUUUAUUUCUCCAUCAGAUCUUAAACGACACCUGAUAGCUCAUUCAGAUGAGAGGCCUUAUGUGUGUUCUCUCUGUGGAAAGAGUUUUUCAUGGCUGAACAGUUUUAAACAGCACCAGAAAACACAUGAUGGAGUGAAAGAUCAUGUGUGUUGUGACUGUGGGAAGAGCUUUACUACAGCUUUCAAUCUGAAAAUGCACCAAAGAAUUCAUACUGGUGAAAAACCUUACAAGUGCUCAAAUUGUGACAAGAGUUUCACUCGGUUGGGACACCUGAAAGCACAUGAGCGAGUUCAUAGUGAAGAGAAGCUGUUCCACUGUACUCAAUGUGAGAAGAGUUUUAAACAUUCAGAAAGCCUUCUCGGGCACAUGAAGAAAUAUCAUAAGUUGUCGCAGUGAGCAACAUUUCAUUUUCAUGUCAAAUACAGCAAAGUAAAUGUUGUGAGAUGAACAAAAUAUAGAGUUGCUCCCAAAAGCACAAUAUCAUCUAGUGCAACUUUGUUUGUAGUCUGAUCAAGAAACUAAAAGAGUGGUGUUUGAAGCUGCAGAAAAAAAAUUCUUAUAGUGUAAAUAAUUAUUUGUUUCUUUCCUGGUUAGUUUUCAAUAUCUGUCAGGAUGGGUUGUUUCCUGAGCAGGACUUUCUAGAAUUAGAUAUAUUGAUGUCAUUUACUUAUUUUUUGUACUAUAUUGUACUAUAAUAUGUUCUGAUAAUACAUGAAAUGAUGGCCAAUAAACUGAAGAAAAAACAUUUUGUU